CCCAUUCAGUUACAAAGUUCAAAAAUAAAAAAAUAAAAAUGAAUGUUUCAGAGUGUUUGAGCGAUUUAACGCUCAUCAACGAUGAAAUGUUGAUUGGAGAUGUCGUUCGAAACAUCAUUCGGAUGGGUCCACAUGAGGAACCGCUGCAUGUGUUGGACUUAGAUGAUGUAGUGCGCAAGCAUUACGGCUGGCGUAAGCAAAUGCCGCGCGUAAAACCCUAUUACGCUGUUAAGUGCAACGACGAUCCUCGCAUUCUGCAGACAUUAAUAACAUUGGGUACUGGCUUUGAUUGUGCGUCGAAAGGAGAGCUGGAACGCAUGAUCGGAUUCGGAGUGAGCCCAGAGAGAAUAAUUUUUGCGCAGCCAGCCAAGUCCAUUUCGUCGCUGUUGUACGCACGCUCGAAACAAGUGUCGGUCAUGACGUUUGACGGGGCUAUUGAACUGGACAAAAUACAUCGAUAUUAUCCAGAGGCACAUUUGGUGUUGAGAAUACGUCAUGAUUCUUUAAAAGUGCGUUGUUCACUGGGUAAGAAGUUUGGGUGUGAUCACGUAACGGAAGCUCCGGAGCUUCUGCAAUAUGCGGCCAAGUUACGAAUGAAUGUUAUCGGAAUCAGUUUCCACGUAGGAUCGGAUUGUGAUGAACAUGAAGUGUAUCACGAAGCAGUGAAAGUAGCGAAAGAUUUGUUUGAUUACGCCAAGGGUAUCGGAUACACGUUUACGCUUCUGGAUAUUGGAGGUGGAUUUCCGGGAGACAACAAUAAACCGAUUGAUCGCUACGCCAAGGCCGUAAAUGAAGCAAUUGAUCACUAUUUUCCAGUUGAAACGGAGAUCCGUAUCAUUGCUGAACCGGGACGUUACUACGUAGCAUCGGCUUUGACACUGGUUUCGUUUGUAGAUUCCAAACGAAUGUUGAAGGAGACGCAGUCAGAUGGGACAGAGAAGACUAGAAUGUACUACUUUUUGAAUGAUGGAGUGUUUGGGUCAUUCUUCUGUACGGCUCACGAAGGACAGCAAGCAAUUCCAAUCGUAGAACGCAAGCCAGGAACCCAAGAAUACAACUCAUCAAUGUGGGGACCAACGUGUGAUGUAAUGGAUCUGAUUGUACCUGACAUUUGGCUUCCUGAGCUAGACAUCGGAGAUAGCGUUGUAUUCGAAAACGUUGGUGCGUAUGGGUAUGUACUUGCAUGCCGAUUUAAUGGGUUCCCACUGCCCAAGGUGAAAGCAUAUUUGCGUGAGAGAACCUGGAAAAUUCUACAAGGUAUGAACGGAGCGGUUUCCUCUCUCUCAACGCGAACCUUUGACAAUUCGGAUGGAAAGCUGCUUAUUACUCAAGAAAGCUAUACCCCUAUUGCUGAAGCAACGUACUCGGUUUAA